AGAGGGUGACGCGGAAAGAGAAGGUACCUCAUCCAUCUGAAACGAGAUGUGGGGUCGAUGAUCAGCGACCUUGAACAACGAAGGUUCAAGCUUCCAUGACCUUUGAAUUCAAAUCGAACCCUAUUAACUAAAACUCUAUUAGGAUAUCACCCAUCAACCACCAAUUAUCAUUAUUGCCUUCAUUAGUUAAUUAAUUUAAUCAAAAUAUUACUGCAAACUCACCACCAUCUUUUCCAAUUUCACAACCCAUCACUGUUGCGUUAAUAGAUUUUCAAUUUCCCAGCUCAAAUUCACUUGUUUCUCUUACUGGGUCAUCUCAUCACCGAACUAUGCGUGGAGCUGAAGUUCAAAGUGGUUAUGCCGUCAGAGGCGGUAAUAUCUACUGGGGAAGAAAACAUCUAACUGAUUUCAAAGGAAUCGUUGUAAUCUUUGCUUGGGUUUCCGUUCCACAAACCCUCUUACAUGAUUUCGUUGACCUUUAUUCCUCUUUCGGAUGGAAUUCCCUUGUUUGUUAUGCCCAUUAUCUAUCCGCAUUCAAUGAUGAAAGCACUGUGCCAUUGGCAUUUUAUGUUUUUGAUGAACUUGUCGAGGUGCUGAGGACUAGGCCAUGUCCUGUUGUAUUUGCUUCUUUUUCUGCUGGGUCAAAAGCCUGUCUCUACAAAUUAUUUCAGCUUAGUGAAGGAAGAUGUACAGCUCCACUCAACUUGCAUGACUGUCAAUUGCUUAGGAACUGUGUUUCUGGACAUAUAUAUGAUUCUGGUCCUCUAGAUGUUACAAGUGAUUUUGGCUUGCGCUUUUCUCUACACCCUUCGAUUGCAAAAGUGCGUGGACCAUCAAAGCUUGUAUCUUGGGUAGCAAAGUCUGUUGCAUCUGGUUUAGAUGCUUUGUACUUGACUAGAUUUGAAUCUCAAUCAGCUGAACAUUGGCAGGCUUUAUAUUCUUCUGUUAACUUUGGGGCUCCAUUUCUCAUUUUAUCUUCAGAGAAUGAUGACCUAGUGAGAUAUCAAAGUAUCCAUGAUUUUGCCCAACGAUUACGCAAUCUGAACGGUGAUGUCAAUCUUGUAAAUCUAAGAAGUUCCCCUCAUGUUGGUCAUUACAGACAUCAUCCGAUCCAAUACAGAGCUGCUGUGGCCCAUUUAUUGGAGAAGGCCAUGUCAACAUAUUCACGAAAAGUGAUGCUUGAACGAGAAAGAACUGGUAUGGACGGUACACAAGAUGAGAUAUCCGAGUUAAUCUGUGAUUUGCAGAAAGUUGCAAUUAAUUCAAAUGAGAGUUUUAGAAGAGUUGCAGUGGGGCCAAGUGACCACUUCUUUUUGCCUAGUUCAGCAGGACAUAACAACGAUAGAGAAUCUGGGAUUCCGCGCGACGAACAGAGAGAAGAACCUGUUUGUGUUCCCAGCUUCCCAAGCAUGAGCGCUCACAGUGUCCUCGGUCAAUUCCUUUAUGACGUUUGUGUUCCUAAGAACGUAGAAGGUUGGGAUGUGAAAUUUUGCGGUAAUCUAAAUGGGAGGCCGCGUGCCUCACCUCCUAGACAUUCACCUUUCAGAAGCAUUAAACGUGUUGGUCGCUCCAGGUUAUGAAGGUUCUCUCUCACAUCUAACUUGAGAUGAUACUUUGUGAUAAUCUUGUUGAAACAUCAAGAAUUUUGUGACAAAGGAGAGGAUAUGAUAGAUUUUGAUGCAACACUGGGCCAGCCAGUGUAAUGGUUGCAAUGAUUCAACUAUUAAUUUUGCGGCACAUGGUUGCAUGUAAAGGGUGAUGUGAAUAAAGAUAGCUAGAGUUCGGUCGCAUUUGAUUGCCUUAGAAAUAAACAGGUGAUUAUAAGUCCGAACUGUUGUGGCUCUGGAAGGACUGAUUGGUUACUUAUUGUUUGAAUCAAACCGGGUGAUGCUUGAUUUAGGUAACUACUCACUGUGUAAUAACUGUUUGAAAUGGGAAAAAGCUGCAUUGAGGUAUUUAUGGUUCGAUAAUCGAAAUCUCUGUAUAUAUAUUUGAGGGAAUAAAGUGCUAUGUUUUAGUUUUA